AUGCAAAUGCAUCAGUUUCUUCUGGACGCUUCUCCGAUGGUCGUUCAAGCUGUAAUAACAUCUAUCAUUCGACCGACUCUCGUAUCGCCUGAACUACAGUCCGCACUCAAAUGCCUUCAAGCAUGGAUAUACACAUUAUUGGCCAAGUAACGUUCUUUUAUACACUCUGCUCAAGUUUCAACUUAACGCGCUACACAAGGGACAUCACACCAUUAUUCCACUGUUGAUCACGACAAUGAUGCCCUCACCAGACUCCGGAUUUGACGAGUCCACCUUCUCGGCGGCUUCUGAUGUUUUACAGGAGAUCAUGACGAGGUCUUCGUUGGCUGGAGGUGCGGGUACAGGCACGUUGACAGAGCCUCUUCUUAUUUGGCUUGAUGGUUAUGGAGAUCGUGGUGAGCCUCGGUGGUUGCACAUAUUCACUCGAUAUGAUUGCUCACUUGUUAUCCGAUACCCAGCCGGUUCAAUCGAUGGUGCAUCUCAUUCACUUUGUAAACUACUGGUUGCCCUGGGAGACCACUCCAUCAUGUAUUUCGCCUCCAACUUAAAACCUAUACCUGUAACACCCUGCCGGCGCGUCUACUUUGUGC